GAGCUCAGCUUAGCGCAGCGCAGCCAGCCCGGCUAGCUGCGCGUCACAGUGCUCGCGGCCCGCCGCCACCGCCUUGCUGCGCUCCAGCGCACAGAGCACGGGCAGAGCCGCAGGCGCUCAGGUGCUUCGUGUUGGAGGGGCUUGUGAGCAGUGGUGAUCGACUGUCACGCCCAGACAGACCUGUCUGCGGAGAUCGCUGCGCGUCCGCUUAAGCGCGGGUGACACUGCGGCGUGCUUGCAUGGUGACAGUCGCCUCGCGGCUGAGACGUCUUGGGCUCCGUGCGCCCUCCGUCACCCCGUCCUCUGCUCUUUUGCUCCUUGGUUCACACCCACCACCUCCGGAGCGCGACGUGUGCGUCCCCUUAGCCUGAGUUUUUUCCUAAGAAGCCUUAUCACUUCGGAGACGCAAUGACAAGUUAAUAUGGGCAUCCACGCCUCAGUUUCCCAGAAGAAGAAUUGCCAGAGGCAGCCGUCCCUGAGAGCCCGGAGCUUCUGAGCAGGCCGUCCGCUGCGACAUCCGCGCAGGUGGGACCUGCUGAGGGCAGUGACUAGCCUGCCACCCUGCAGGCGCACUUGCAAGAUUUCCCCACUUCCCCGACCCGGGGAUUUUGUUUUUUGUUUUUUCCUCCACUGUUGGUGGGCGCCUCGUGGGCCGAGGCCCGGCGCCUGCUCGGCUGCCCGCGCUGCCUUUAGCGGUCGCCUCCGCCGCCGCUGCCAGGGACGUGCUGGGAAAGCCGAAGCCCCGGGAGAAGAUGCCGGCCAUCCUGGUAGCCUCCAAAAUGAAGUCCGGACUGCCGAAACCCGUGCACAGCGCCGCACCCAUCCUGCACGUGCCCCCGGCCAGGACUGGUCCUCAGCCCUGCUACCUUAAAUUGGGAAGCAAGGUGGAAGUGAGCAAGCCGGCCUACACUAGCCAAAUCCCCCUGAAAUCGCAGGGGCUACAGGAACCGACGGGGGAGGGGUUCCCGUUGCGGAAGAGCGGCUCGCUGGAGAACGGGUUCGAUACUCAGAUCUACACGGAUUGGGCCAAUCACUACCUCGCCAAAUCCGGCCACAAACGCCUCAUCAAGGACCUCCAGCAAGAUGUGACCGAUGGCGUGCUCCUGGCCCAGAUCAUCCAGGUUGUAGCGAAUGACAAGAUUGAAGACAUCAAUGGCUGUCCGAAGAACAGAUCGCAAAUGAUUGAAAACAUAGAUGCCUGCUUGAAUUUCCUGGCAGCUAAGGGAAUCAACACCCAGGGGCUGUCUGCAGAAGAGAUCAGGAACGGGAACCUCAAGGCCAUUCUAGGCCUCUUCUUCAGCCUCUCCCGAUACAAGCAGCAGCAGCAGCAGCAGCAGCAGCAGCAGCAGCCACCGCCUCAGAAGCAGCACCUUGCAUCAUCUCCUCUGCCACCUGCUGGGUCUCAGGCGGCUGGGGCGCCUUCCCAGUGCCAGGCUGGCAUUCCUCCGCAACAGGGGCUGGCCACUCCCCAAGCCCCGUGCCAGCCCCUCCAGCCGGCUUCACAUCAGCAAGCAAAAACACAAGCGGAAAUGCAGUCCAGUGCAUCCUCCAAGGACUCAUCUCAAAGCAAAAUCAUCCGCUUCACUCUGGGUCAGAGAAAGAUCUCUAGACUUCCAGGUCCUACCGCAAGGGUGGCCGCUGCAGGCAGCGGCGAGGCCAAAACGCGCGGAGGGUCAGCUGCUGCCAACAACCGACGGAGCCAGAGCUUUAACAACUAUGACAAGUCCAAACCCGUCACCUCUCCACCCCAACCCCCACCACCAAGUAACCAUGAAAAGGAGCCAUUGGCAAGCCCGGCCUCCUCCCAUCCCGGAAUGAACGAAAAUGUACCCGCUUCCUUGGAGAGCAACCCUUCCAUCCCUGUUAACUGCUCCUCUUCGGCCAUCCCCCAGCCCAGCAUGACCUCCAAGCCCUGGCGCAGCAAGUCCCUCAGUGUGAAGCAUAGUGCCACUUCAUCCAUGCUCUCUGUCAAACCCGCUGGGCCUGAGGCCCCCAAGCCCACACCCGAAGCCAUGAAGCCUGCCCCCAACAAUCAGAAAUCCAUGUUGGAGAAGCUCAAACUUUUCAACAGUAAGGGGGCCUCCAAGGCAGGCGAGGCCUCGGCAUCCCGGGACACCAGCUGUGAGCGCUUGGAGAUCCUGCCCAGCUUUGAAGAGAGUGAAGAGCUGGAGGCUGCUAGCAGGGCACUUUCAACUGCAGGCCCUGCAUCCAGCAGCCCCAAGAUCGCACUCAAGGGCAUCGCACAGCGGACUUUCAGCAGGGCGCUUACCAACAAGAAGAGUUCCCCAAAGGGCAACGAGAAAGAGAAGGAGAAACAACAGCGGGAGAAGGAGAAGGAAAAAGAGAAGGGCAAAGACCUCACCAAGAGAGUCUCCAUGACUGACAGGCCUGACCUCAAGGAAGAACCCAAGGAAGAGCCCAGUGGGGUGGCUGUCACUGAGAUGCCAAAAAAGUCCUCCAAGAUCGCCAGCUUCAUCCCCAAAGGGGGGAAGCUCAACAGCAUCAAGAAGGAGACCACAGCUCCAACCCACAGUGGCAUACCAAAACCAGGAAUGAAGACCGUGCCUGGGAAGUCCCCAAGUGCCCCCAUACCUCCCAAGGAAGGAGAGAGGAGCCGAGGGAAGCUGAGCUCAGGGCUUCCUCCUCAGAAGCCCCAGCUGGACAGCAGGCACUCCAGCUCCUCCUCCAGCCUGGCAUCCUCGGAGGGAAAAGGCCCCGGAGGGACCACUCUGAACCACAGCAUCAGCAGCCAAACUGUCAGCGGCGGCUCCGUCGGGACCACCCAGACCACGGGAAGCAAUACCGUCAGUGUUCAGCUACCUCAGCCUCAGCAGCAAUACAACCAUCCCAACACAGCCACGGUUGCACCCUUCCUGUACAGGUCCCAGACGGACACCGAAGGGAAUGUCACUGCCGAGUCCAGCUCAGCAGGUGUGAGCAUGGAGCCCAGCCACUACACCAAGAGUGGACAGCCUGCUCUAGAGGAGCUCACUGCAGAAGACCCCGAGGCUCGGCGGCUGCGGACAGUAAAAAACAUCGCGGACCUACGACAGAAUCUAGAAGAGACUAUGUCCAGUUUACGAGGAACUCAGGUUACACACAGUACAUUAGAAACUACGUUUGACACCAAUGUCACCACGGAGAUAAGUGGCCGCAGCAUUCUCAGCCUAACGGGAAGACCCACUCCUCUCUCCUGGAGACUCGGCCAGUCCAGCCCCCGGCUCCAGGCAGGAGAUGCCCCUUCGAUGGGCAAUGGGUACCCACCUCGGGCCAACGCCAGCCGCUUCAUCAGUGCCGAAGCAGGCCGCUACGUGUACUCUGCCCCUCUGAGAAGGCAACUCGCCUCUAGAGGCAGCAGCAUCUGCCACGUGGAUGUCUCGGACAAGACGGGUGAUGAAGCAGACCUGGAAGGCAUCAGCAUGGAUGCCCCUGGCUACAUGAGUGACGGGGAUGUCCUGAGCAAGAACAUCCGAACUGAUGACAUCACAAGCGGGUAUAUGACAGAUGGCGGACUUGGCCUCUACACGCGUCGCCUGAACCGGCUUCCUGAUGGGAUGGCUGUGGUGCGAGAGACGCUACAACGAAAUACCUCCCUGGGCCUUGGAGAUGCUGACAGCUGGGAUGACAGCAGCUCCGUCAGCAGCGGCAUCAGCGACACCAUAGACAACCUCAGCACGGAUGACAUCAACACCAGCUCCUCCAUCAGCUCCUAUGCCAACACGCCUGCCUCCUCCCGGAGAAACCUGGAUGUGCAGACCGACGCUGAGAAGCACUCGCAGGUAGAGAGGAAUUCCCUGUGGUCUGGUGAUGACAUCAAGAAAUCAGAUGGAGGCUCAGACAGUGGUGUAAAGAUGGAGCCAGGCUCCAAGUGGAGGCGGAACCCUUCAGACAUGUCGGAUGAGUCGGACAAAAGCGUGUCUGGCAAGAAGACUCCAGUCAUCUCACAGACAGGCUCAUGGCGGCGGGGCAUGACGGCAGAGGUGGGCAUCACCAUGCCAAGGACAAAGACAUCAGCUCCGACGGGCACACUGAAGACCCCAGGGACCGGAAAAACAGAUGAUGCCAAGGUGUCUGAGAAGGGAAGGCUUUCACCCAAAGCCUCCCAGGUCAAGCGCUCCCCAUCAGAUGCUGGCCGCAGCAGUGGAGAUGAAUCCAAGAAAACCCUCCCAAGCAGCUCUAGGACGCCCACUGCCAAUGCCAACAGCUUUGGGUUCAAGAAACAGACUGGAUCUGCCGCUGGGCUGGCCAUGAUCACAGCCAGCGGGGCCACCGUCACCAGCAGGUCUGCUACACUGGGUAAAAUCCCCAAGUCAUCCGCCCUUGUCGGUCGGUCUACGGGUCGUAAGACGAGCAUGGAUGGAGCCCCAAACCAGGAUGAUGGGUAUCUGUCUCUCAGCUCCCGGACAAACUUACAGUACCGGAGCCUGCCUAGGCCCAGCAAGUCCAGCAGCCGGAAUGGGGCAGGGAAUAGAUGCAGUACCAGCAGCAUUGACUCCAACAUGAGCAGCAAGUCAGCAGGCCUACCCGUGCCCAAGCUGAGGGAGCCGUCCAAAACAUCCCUGGGCAGCUCACUCCCGGGGCUUGUCAACCAGACAGACAAGGAGAAAGGCAUCUCUUCAGACAAUGAGAGUGUGGCUUCCUGCAACUCCGUGAAAGUGAACCCGGCCACACAGCCGGUAUCUAGCUCAGCUCAGGCCACUCUGCAGCCAGGGACCAAGUACACAGAUGUGGCCUCUCCCACACUCCGCAGACUCUUUGGUGGGAAGCCUACCAAGCAAGUGCCCAUCGCCACAGCCGAAACCAUGAAAAGCGCAGUGGUCAUCUCCAACCCUCAUGCCACUAUGACCCAGCAAGGUAACCUAGAGUCCCCCUCAGGCAGUGGCGUCCUGAGCAGUGGGAGCAGCAGUCCUCUCUACAGUAAGAACGUGGACCUCAACCAGUCUCCUCUAGCAUCCAGCCCCAGCUCAGCCCACUCAGGCCCUUCCAACAGCCUCACCUGGGGUACCAGCUCGUCAGCAGUGAGCAAGGAUGGCCUGGGCUUCCAGUCUGUUAGCAGCCUGCACACCAGCUGCGAGUCUAUUGACAUAUCCCUCGGCAGCGGCGGGGGCUUGAGUCACAACUCUUCCCCUGGUCCAGUCGCCUCUACUAAGGAAGACUCCUUGAUGCCUUUUGUCCGCACCAGCAGUGUGAAGACCACACUGUCAGAAAGCCCCCUCUCUUCCCCUGCUGCUAGCCCUAAGUUCUGCAGAAGUACUCUGCCCAGGAAACAGGACAGUGACCCGCACCUUGAUAGAAACACUUUGCCUAAGAAAGGACUCAGGUAUACACCCACCUCCCAGCUCCGCACGCAGGAAGACGCCAAAGAAUGGUUACGGUCCCACUCUGCUGGGGGCCUGCAGGACACUGCUGCCAACUCCCCCUUUUCCUCUGGCUCUAGUGUCACUUCUCCCUCUGGAACAAGAUUCAACUUCUCUCAGCUUGCAAGUCCCACCACUGUCACCCAGAUGAGCUUGUCCAACCCAACAAUGCUGAGGACCCACAGCCUGUCCAACGCGGAUGGCCAGUAUGACCCCUACACCGACAGCCGCUUCCGGAACAGUUCCAUGUCUCUGGAUGAGAAGAGCCGAACAAUGAGUCGGUCGGGCUCCUUCCGGGAUGGGUUUGAGGAAGUUCACGGAUCCUCCCUGUCCUUGGUCUCUAGCACCUCUUCCAUCUACUCCACGCCAGAAGAAAAAUGCCAGUCAGAGAUCCGAAAGCUGCGACGGGAGCUGGAUGCCUCCCAGGAAAAGGUGUCCGCGCUGACCACCCAGCUGACUGCAAAUGCUCACCUUGUGGCAGCCUUUGAGCAGAGUCUGGGAAACAUGACCAUCAGGCUGCAGAGUUUAACUAUGACUGCAGAGCAGAAGGAUUCAGAACUGAAUGAGUUAAGAAAAACCAUUGAGCUGCUAAAGAAACAGAAUGCAGCUGCCCAGGCUGCCAUUAAUGGAGUGAUCAACACGCCAGAGCUCAACUGCAAAGGAAAUGGCAGCACCCAGGCUGCAGACCUACGCAUCCGCAGGCAGCACUCCUCUGACAGUGUCUCCAGCAUCAAUAGUGCCACCAGCCACUCGAGUGUGGGUAGCAACAUAGAGAGCGACUCAAAGAAAAAGAAGAGGAAAAACUGGUUGCGCAGCUCCUUCAAGCAAGCGUUUGGGAAGAAGAAGUCCCCCAAGUCAGCGUCCUCACACUCAGACAUCGAAGAGAUGACAGAUUCUUCGUUGCCUUCCUCACCAAAACUGCCGCACAACGGAUCCACAGGCUCUACCCCGCUGCUGAGGAAUGCCCACUCGAGCUCUCUAAUUUCCGAGUGUACAGACAGUGAGGCUGAGGCUGUCAUGCAGCUGCGAAACGAGCUGAGAGACAAGGAGAUGAAGCUGACAGACAUCCGCCUGGAAGCACUCAGCUCCGCUCACCAGUUGGACCAGCUCCGAGAGGCCAUGAACAGGAUGCAGAGUGAAAUUGAGAAGCUGAAAGCUGAGAAUGACCGACUGAAGUCUGAGUCUCAAGGCAGCGGCUGCAGUCGGGCCCCAUCCCAGGUGUCCAUCUCUGCUUCCCCAAGGCAGUCCUUAGGUCUCUCACAGCACAGCCUGAACCUGACAGAGUCCACCAGUCUAGACGUGUUGCUGGAUGACACUGGUGAAUGCUCGGCUCGGAAGGAAGGAGGCAGGCAUGUUAAGAUAGUUGUCAGCUUUCAGGAGGCAAUGGAGUGGAAGGAGGACUCCAGACCACACUUCUUCCUUAUUGGCUGCAUUGGAGUUAGUGGCAAGACCAAGUGGGACGUGCUCGAUGGGGUGGUUAGACGGCUGUUCAAAGAGUACAUCAUCCAUGUAGACCCGGUGAGUCAGCUGGGGCUGAAUUCAGACAGUGUUCUUGGUUACAGCAUCGGUGAGAUCAAGCGCAGCAACACCUCGGAGACCCCCGAGCUCCUCCCUUGUGGCUAUCUGGUUGGGGAGAACACCACCAUCUUGGUGACUGUCAAAGGGCUCUCGGAAAACAGCCUAGACUCUCUGGUGUUUGAGUCCCUGAUCCCCAAGCCCAUCCUGCAGCGCUACGUCUCUCUGCUGAUAGAGCACCGGCGCAUCAUCCUGUCGGGCCCCAGCGGCACUGGGAAAACCUACCUGGCCAACAGGCUCUCUGAGUACGUGGUACUUCGGGAAGGACGGGAGUUGACAGACGGUGUCAUUGCCACCUUUAAUGUCGACCACAAGUCCAGCAAGGAACUGCGCCAGUAUCUGUCCAACCUGGCCGACCAGUGCAACAGUGAGAACAAUGCCGUGGACAUGCCGCUGGUCAUCAUCCUGGACAACCUGCACCACGUGAGCUCUCUGGGAGAGAUCUUCAAUGGGCUGCUUAACUGCAAAUACCAUAAAUGCCCUUACAUCAUCGGCACGAUGAACCAGGCUACCUCUUCCACUCCCAACCUCCAGCUUCAUCAUAACUUCAGGUGGGUGCUUUGUGCCAACCACACAGAGCCUGUGAAAGGUUUCCUCGGCCGCUUCCUGAGGCGGAAGCUCAUGGAAACGGAGAUCAGUGGGCGGGUGCGCAACACAGAGCUAGUGAAAAUCAUCAACUGGAUCCCCAAGGUCUGGCAUCACCUCAACCGCUUCCUGGAGGCCCACAGCUCCUCGGAUGUCACCAUCGGUCCCCGGCUCUUCCUGUCAUGUCCCAUCGACGUGGAUGGCUCCAGAGUGUGGUUCACUGACCUGUGGAACUACUCCAUCAUCCCCUACCUCCUGGAAGCUGUCAGAGAAGGACUCCAGCUCUAUGGAAGGCGUGCACCCUGGGAGGACCCCGCCAAGUGGGUAAUGGACACCUACCCGUGGGCUGCCAGCCCACAGCAGCAUGAGUGGCCUCCGCUCCUGCAGCUACGACCUGAGGACGUGGGGUUUGAUGGCUACUCCCUGCCUCGGGAGGGCCCGACAAGCAAACAGGUGCCCCCCAGUGAUGCUGAAGGAGACCCGCUGAUGAACAUGUUGAUGAGGUUGCAGGAGGCAGCCAACUACUCCAGUCCCCAGAGCUAUGACAGUGACUCCAACAGCAACAGCCAUCAUGACGACAUCCUGGACUCGUCACUGGAGUCCACUCUGUGACUGAGGUCCCCACUUCUCCUCACUCCAUCCCACCCGCAUCCUCCAUUUCAUACUGAAGAUGACUUCCUGAGCCAGCCCUGGCUGCCACAGCCUUGAAGCCAGGGCAGAGUGGCAGGAACGAGACACCCUCAUCCCUUGCACUCUGCCCUUGCAGGAGCAGCCCAGGACCACCUCCUCCCACGGUGACAACUGUACCAGCCUCUGUUCUACUCUCAUCCUCGGCUUGCCUUGUUGCUGUGACCUCCGUGAGACGCCGAAGAUACUUCAUGGGAAAGGAUCCUCACCAUUAAAAUA